UCACCUUGCUGUCAGGGAUUCUAAAGAUGGCGACGGAAGGGACGAUGCACCUCCACCGCAUCUCUGCGUCUUUGGCCGUUUUCCUCGGUUUAUUAAGCUUAUUAAACACGGGGAAUUGCGAUGAACAGGUGCCGCUUAUUCUGUGGACAAGCGAGGGGAUCUCCCUACCAAGCCAGUCCCCUCCUACAGCCGGUCACAUCGUCGAGCAGCAGCAGCUGGCCUCUUACCUGGAGAAAGCUGUGAACGUCGGCCCAAGAAAUGUAGUGCUGUUCCUUCAGGACAAGAUGAGCAUAGAAGACUUCACCAUGUAUGGAGGGGCUUUUGGAAACAAGCAGGACAGUGUUUUCCCCAACCUCGAGGGGGCCCUGAUGUCCUCGUCCUCCUCUCUGGUGUUACCUGCUGUGUCCUGGCCUGCCUCCAAUGCAGUGAUUGGCCAGCUCCAGGACCAAUUAGAAACCUCUCCUCUGUACAUGGACCCUGAGACACUAAGCCAGCUGAGACUCAACGCUUCCUCACCCGCCCUGCUGAUUUUCAGGCUGCCGUACGGAAUCGGAGCUGAUCUGAUGUCUGCAAAAGAGAUUCUCAGUGGAAACGAUGAGGUUAUUGGUCAGGUGUUGAGCAUCAUGAAGACCCAGUCUGUCCCCUACACAGCCAUUUACACAGCCCUGCGGCCCUCCAGGUUGUCUCUUUUACAGGAGGCGGCAUCUCUCUCUAUGGAAGCGGGCCUGGGUGGAGGACGCUCCCUCCUGCAGGCUAGAGGUGGAUAUAAGGAGAGGGAGAGAGAAAGAGAGAGGCAGCGAAGGAUCAAGGAGAAGGCUGGGCUCUACGCUCCAGUGGAGUUUAAGGAGGACGAAGAGACCUGUAUCCUCCUGUGGGCAAAAAGUCUGACUGUGCGCAUCCUUCGUAGUGGUCGCUGGGAAGACCAUGACCUGACUCCGUCUACCUUUGGGGAAGGUGUCAGCCCGAAACUUCAUGGCUCAAGCUGCGACAAAACCAAAUCGAGGUUGGUUCUUAAUUAUGAGAAUGUCCUCGGUCAUCGCAGCUUCAAACUGAUCUUUGCCAUGAGCCAGCGUCACUACCAGGUGUCUGCACGCCGCUGGUUCACGCUAGACGCCGUGGAGCUGGAGUACGACGGGACCAAAGCCACAUUUAACGGUAGCAGAAACAUUUAUGCCCCUGCUGAGUACUCGUACCGCUGUGAGUCCGUCACCAACUUCCGUUGGCCCCUGCUGAUCCCACGCUCAUCCAAAGAUCCAGCAAAUCAGUGGAAGGUCUCUUUUGAAGACUUUCAGAUCCAGGGCUUUAACGUGACCGGCAGUGAGUUCUCGUAUGCCAGCGACUGUGCAGGCUUCUUCUCUCCUGGUAUCUGGAUGGGUCUGAUAACCAGUCUUUUGAUGGUCCUCGUGCUCACCUACGGCCUGCACAUGAUCAUGCAGCUCCACACUAUGGACCGUUUUGAUGACCCCAAGGGCCCGGCCAUCUCUGUGCCCCAAACGGAGUAACGCACACCUGCAGUCUGUGACUUCAUUUUCCAUCAUUCCUCCUUUCUGUCCCUCCAGUGCUUCUUACUGCUUCCAUUCCCACCCUUUACAUUCCUCCCUGUUCAUCUGUAGUUGGGCGUUAUACAGACUAAUUAGUGGUGUUGUCAAAAUAAGGGUUUAUUUCAUCACUGCAUGUGUCCGUUUGUAAGCCACUUCCUCAGACUGAAGAAUCUAGUUUUCAGGCAGCUCCAGUUUGUUGUUUGCUUCCCCGAAACUCUCUUCUAACCUGAAAUAUUUGUCUGCUGCACAAAGAUUUUUCACUAUUUUCCCAAGUUGCGACUUUGUUUCCAAACAAAGACGGAAGCAGGAAAUGACAAGCGCCUUUGCUCAAUAAGGCUAUAACCAAAAUUUCUUUUAACAACAAUGUAUGAAAUGAAUCUCUUGUAGUGAUGAGCCUACAGCUCACCUUGUUUAUCUGACCGGCUGCAGCUUAACUGUUCCGGUUCACUGACGCUCUCAAAGCAUCAUCAUCAGAGACGAAGCUGUACAAAGCCACCGUACACGACCUGCUGAGAAGCAAACAGUUGGAGACCAACUGGUGAACAUAGUGGAGCAGCUAAAGAGCCUGGUAAUUCCCUCAGGAGGACUCACAUUCAAGCACAACUCCAAAUGAAAGAUCAUGUUGCUCUGUAACUGUUAACAUAAAGUUGAACAUAAAAGGUGAUUCAUGUGUUCACAGCUGCUGUUUCUGCUGCCCUCAAGUGGCCCAAAAAGGGAGGAUUUAGUUUACACACUAUGAACCAAAAUUAUAAAAUAUCUUAAUUUGUCCAUAUUUAUUUGACUUUCUAUUUAUACUUUCACACAAAAUAACGCAUUACUAUGUUUUUGGAUGCAAAGACAUGAAAUUUCCAACUACCUGUAUAGGAAACAGAGUCUUGAGAAAAGGGUUAAAACUCUUGUUGUGCAGCAGAUGGUUGGAAGGACUGUAGAUUUACAAUCAGAACAGUGGGAAGUGUUGCUAGCACACAAUCCGGGGCUAGUUUUUAGGCUGUCGUGGAUUAAUGUUCCCUUUGAAAGGGAUACAACUGUACAUAAAGGGACAAAUAUAAUUUACAAAUUAUAAAAUGAUAUUUAUUUGUGACACAUUGUGUUUUGCGUGCGUUUACAAUUGUGUUUGUGUGGGUAGACAAGUGAAAUGUAGCUGUGGAAUAAAGGGAUCACAGGCACACUGUUAACUCCUGUAUUCUUGAUCAAAGGGACAUUUGGAUGAACAAGCUGACGAUUCAGAUCAUCUCAAUGCAGCAACAUGAAAAAGGACCACUAAAAUAUACACCUUUGAAAGUCAGAUAGUUGUGAGUGAAUAAUCUUCAUGGUUAUUCAAUUUUUCAUUUCUGAAUAGUUUUCCUGUGAUUAUUAACAUGAAGUAUUUAUUUUUCAAGCUUUCUCAACUGAUGUGCACUGAAAUUUGCUCAAUGUGAAAUCUGUUUUUUGUUCUGAUGAUUUGUAGUGAAUAUAAGUGAUUUAAGGUCCUGAAUGAGGUCCUGUGUCGUGCUGCUGAUGUGACCCCAAUAAAGACAUCUGUGAAGAUUGAGGUUU